AACGAUGAAUACACAGAGAUGGUGAUGAAACGGGUACAAAAGAAAAGGGACGAACAGACGAACGAAGGGACGAACGAAGAAAAGAAGGGAGAAACGAAUGAAUCCUUGAAUGGCAUCUAG